AUGACAUCAAUCAAAGCGAAGCUUGAGAGUGUGUCCGCGAAUUCUUUUAGUCUUCCCUCCCAAACCAAAGGGAGAGUUACAAUCUCUAACUCUUCUCCUUCUACUUCUAAUAACAUGCCAAGUGGUUGUGUGUUUUGUCAUUUAUGUGGUUCUUAUGAUCAUGAUUCUUCCAUGUGUUCACAAGCUUUUGUUGAUGGAUGUGAUGAUGUUAAAAAUAAUGAAUGUGAACAUGUGAACUUUGUGUCUAAUGAUAAUGGUGGUCAAAGGUUUGAAGGACCUAAGAACUUUGGUAAUAAGAAUUCUCACCCUCAAGGAGGUGGUUUCGAUAAUUAUAACAAUGGAGGAUAUAGGAACCAAGGAAACCAAGGUUUCCGAGGUAACUAUAACCACCAAGGUUAUAAUAAUCAAAACUCAAGCCAUGGGUAUGGUAAUCAAGGCCAAUCUCAAGGUUUUGGUAACCAUUACCAUAAUGGUGGCAAUAGUCAAGGUAGAGAGAGUUGGAAAAACAACCAAAAUAGGGGAAAUUCAAAACAACAAUCAAAGGGGACCCCUCCCGGUUUUGCUCUAAAGUCCCAAUCCAAUGGUGAAAAUUCUUAUUCCCAACCAUCAUCUUUUAAGACAAAUUUGGAAGAAUUGAUUGAUAAUCAAACUAAGAUCAUUAACACCUAUAUGGCGGUUAGUGAUAAGAAGUUUAAUGAGAUGAUGACUCAUAAUAAGAUGCUUGAGACACAAAUAACCUAA